AUGGCUGAGGCACAAGUGCCGACGGCAGAUGAGCCAAGUGCUGGUUCUUCGUUUUCCUUGGCGCAGUACGGCCUGGACUUGGACGAUGUAGGCGAAGAUGGAGACAUGGAUGAGGGGGGUGAUGGGGGCAAUGUAGCCCCGGCGUCAGAAGCAGCCGCAGGCUUUGGUCCCCAGGCUUCGACGUCUGCAGCACCUCAAUCGAGUGGAGAGGGUGCCGGCCAUGAGGAACGACGAAGCGCUUCGUCAUCUGCGCGGGUUCCCAUGGCUCGCAACAACCCUUUCCUCAACAAACUCAGGAGGUGAGUGCAACGUUCGGAUAUCUGUCAGCGCGGUCAGCUUCUCAAAGCACGCCCUAUGCCCACAGUAUGGUCGAUGACCCCAAAACCAAUGAGCUGAUUAGGUGGUCGGAUGAUGGCGAAUCUUUCUUGGGUGAGUCGUGUGGAUGCUCCGAGAAGUUACUCGCAUCUGAUGCCCAGCACGCCUGCAGUGCCCAACCAAAAUCGCUUCGAGGAUGAAGUGCUACCGCGGUAUUUCAAGCACAAUCGCUUCCCGAGCUUUGUCCGGCAACUCAACAUGUACGGCUUCCACAAGGUGCCCCAUCUUCAACAGGGCGCUCUCAAGCACGAUUCACCGCAGGUCGCAGAGCUGUGGGAGUUUCGCAACGACCACUUCCACCGUGAUAAGCCAGAGCUGUUGACGCUCAUGAGCCGCAAAAAGGCUGCGCCGCGAGGGGUUGCUGCAGAGAAGGAAGGCGCCGAAGGCAAUGGCAAGGCGAGGGCGGUAGAUGAAGAGAUCGAUGACAAAAUGGAAGGACCGACGGGCCUGAACGCCGUCACGGGCGCCUUGAUGCGCAACACUGGCGCGCUCGCUGCGGACACCAAGAGCGAAGGGACGCUGCAGCUCGCAAGCAUUUGGCAAGCUAUUCAGAGCAUACAGGGCGCGCAGCAAGGCAUCAACGAUAAUCUGAGGCAUUUGCACAAUACCAAUGCUGAACUUAGAAGAGAAGCAAUAGAGCAAAGACAGCGGUCACUCAAGCAGCAAGAGACGAUCAACAAAAUGUUGAGAUUCUUAGCGGGUGUAUUCGGUGGGCAGGAUGCGGGCGUUGAAGCGAGUGCUAACAUCCCUGGCGGAGCAGGUCCUCGGCCUGCGGAAACGCGCAGAAACCCCUCACAGCGAGGCCAGCAAGGAAGAUUGAUGAUAGGUGAUGGUAGCAGUCCUCCCAGUUCAGCAAUCUUCGAGCUGCUGGAUGACAUCAAGAGCGGCGGCGGAAUUGAUGGCUCUGAGAAUACGAGUGAGUGCGUGUGUAAGCCAAAUGAAGGCUCUUGGUGCCCUGACGCGCGCCGCACCCAAUCAGAACGCUUCACAGAGGCUGGUUCAGCUACGAGCUCGCCUAAAGACGGCGGCUCCCCUCAAUCACGCUUCAUCAAUCUACCCUCGUCGCCUGAUGCGGACAUGAACACACUCCACGACAGCGCUCCACCUACCCCAGGCGGCACUAGAAGAAUGAGUCAACAAGCGCAAAAGCAGAUUCUCGAUGCACUCUCUUCUGGACAGGGCGCAGAUUGGCUAGCUCAGCUUUUUGGAGGCGAAGGUGCGAAUGCAGCCAUGACGCCCGCCGCAUCUACCUCAAGAGUGGCUUCUGCAACGCCUUCCAGGUCGGGCACCCCUUUUGCAGCCUCCACUCCGGGCAGCAGCGGCAUGAAAUUUGAUCAGAGCACGCUAGCGGCGUUGCAGAGCAUCUUGAGUGGCGGUGGAAACGCUCAGGCUGAACACGCGGCCAAACAGUCUGCCCUCCCAAACGAGACCGACUCUCGUUUCUCCUUUUUCAACGACGCGCCUGACUGGGAUCCCGCUGCUGCCAAUGCACCUUCGACCAGCCGCGCCCUCUCGGCCCCUAAUGCUGUGAACGGACUGCAUUCAUGGGCGCCCGAUCAGGGCGCUAGCGGCUUGCCCUGGUCUAGCGCCUUUUCGCAAGCUACAUCCACAUCCAGGGGGGAAGACGCGUCGCAGAUUUACGUUCCAGGUCAAGGCGAAUUGCCCUUUCCUUCACUCUCAAAGCACGAUACGGCGCCGCCAGCGCCUCUAUCACCAUCUGCGCAGAAUCAACUCGCUGUUACGCUUCAAAGAGCCAGUCAGGGACUUGCGGGAACAAGCAAUGACUCUGCCACUGUGCAGAAUGCGAUCAAUGCGCUGGUCGAGGGCCUCAGGCAGGAUCCCAGUCUUUUGAACAACCUCGCUGCCUUUUCGCAGCCGGGUCAGGAAGGCAGCGCUACACCUGUAGCCAGCACUAGCGGCACACAACCGUACGCGCCGCCGAACAGUACGCAAGGGAUCACUUCUGCUGAACCUGCUGGAGAGGUCGAUAUGGACAGCCUCUUGAGAGAAUUUUUGGAAGCCGGCGCCACGGGCAGUAGCGCGGGCACACCUGCGGCUAGUGGCGAAGCGCCGCUAGCUGACCCGCCGAGCACGACGCUCAAUGGCACGCAUUCGCCCACGUCUACAAGUGGAGCCAGGUCAGGGACUGCCACCAACCCCUCCACUUCCACCAACUCGCCCAACCUGGGAAGAGGCAGCAGGGCCAAUUCACCAAGUACCGCGACGCACUCUGCUGCUCCCAGAAAGCGUGCGCCUCCGCCCGAAUUCGAGGGCGCACUUGGUGCGGAUAUAGAGGUGGCCAAUGCAAAGGCGCGAAAAGCACCGAGGCAUGCCAGCGUUAGGACUGCGGGGGCGGAAUGA